GUAUCUUCACUGCUGGUGUGAAGGGGUUAAGAAGGCAGGCGUGCUCAACAACAAAAAAAAAUCCCCCCUACGUCACGGCGUUGCUCUAUUCUGAUUGGCUGACAGACUGUACACAGACAGUCAGCUGAAACUCAACGCUGCUAACGCUAACGCUAAGUUCCUCUCUAUAACCGCCCCGGUGUAACACUGUAACAUUCACAUUUCAACGCGAAAGCAGUCUGGAAUCGCAGGGCUCCGGUGUUUCCGUGGUAACUUUUGUAACUCGUCACUUCCGGAGACGCGUAACAAUGUUGCUCCGCACUUUUGGCCGAUAAUGAAGAGGCUGAAGGCUGCAGUGUUCUGCCUGAGCGUCGUGCUGCUGUGUUACUGGCAUCCUGUUCAUCAUGGCUACUGUUCAGAGCAGGAUCAGCUCGACCUACAGGAUCAGCCGCAGACCGCAUCGGACGUCCCCAAUCAGCAGGACGAGUCCGCGGAGAACAGAGGAAAUGACGAGGAUCUGCUUCAAGACCCUCCUGCCUCUGACACUGUAGAGCAUCAAACACAGACCGACACGACAGACGAGCCACAGACUCAGGAAACCACACUGCAAGACCGUAUCGAUAAGGAUUUUCAGGUGGACGAGGCCCCAGCGGAGGUGGCGGUUGCCGAGUAUGAUCCAGAGUCUUCCAUUACCCCCGAGGAUGACGCUGGCCCUCAGAACACGCACGUCUCAUCUCUUCCUUCUGCAUCUGAAACUCAAUCUGAGACUGUUCAUGUCUCUGAGGACCUGUCCUCCACUGCUACUGUCUCACCUGGACCACGUGCAUGCAGUGCUGGUGAUGACUCCUGCUCUUCCCCUCCCGUCAGUCCUGUCUCCCCUAGCGCUGCCUGUGAUGCAGGAGAAAACCCUUCGUACGAUGCAGACCUCAGUCUUCCCUCGGUUUUGGAGAACAGCAGCACACCUGGAACAGGAAAGAGUACGAAGGCGAGUUUGAGCAGGGCGACUCAGGGAACCAAUGCCUCCAGCAUGCUGAAAGAACAGAAUGUUCCAGUAUCAACAGAAGCGGAUCCGUCUCUUCCCAGCAAAGACCCAGAAGACAUUCCUACUUUUGACGAAUGGAAGAAGAUAAUGAUGGAAGUGGAGAAUGAAAAAAGUCAAACCACUCACACUUCCUGUAACGGGGGAUCUAGUGUUGUUAAGAAAGUGCAGAAAACCACAAACUACGCCUCCGUGGAAUGUGGCGCUAAGAUCCUGGCUUCUAAUCCUGAAGCAAAGAGCACUUCUGCCAUCCUGAUGGAGAAUGUAGAUGUUUACAUGCUGAACCCCUGCAGCAAUAAGAUAUGGUUUGUCAUUGAGUUGUGUCAGCCCAUUCAGGUGAAGCAGCUGGACAUUGCCAAUUUCGAGCUCUUCUCCUCGACCCCCAAAGACUUUCUAGUCUCAAUCAGUGACAGAUAUCCAACCAACAAAUGGGCCAAGCUCGGGACCUUCCAUGCCCGGGAUGAGCGCACGGUCCAGAGUUUUCCACUGGACGAGCAUUUGUAUGCUAAAUACGUCAAGAUGUUCACCAAGUACAUUAAGGUGGAGCUGUUGUCACACUUUGGGUCUGAGCACUUCUGUCCUCUCAGCCUACUCAGGGUUUUUGGCACAAGUAUGAUGGAGGAGUACGAGCUGAAUUCUGAGCCCUCUGAGAGACUCAACUUCCAGGACGAGGAUGAUGAUUAUCCUCCUGGAUAUGUUCCAUCAGGUGACAAAGCUUCAAAGAAUCUGAUCGGGUCUGCCAAGGAUGCUAUUCUGAACAUGGUGAACAACAUUGCUGCUAAUGUGUUGGGUGGCAAUCCAGAAGAUGGCAAUUAUUCUUCCCUGCAUUUAAAUGCGACUGAGACAUCAGGAACUCCAGUUCAGACAGCCUCCCCAACCUCAUCCAAGAUUACGAUGGAGAGUUUGGAAUCGGACCAGCAGGAACUGAAAAAACUCACAGAGACCCCCUCAAUGACGCAAGGUAGAGACGCAGGUCCGACGGCUCCUUUACCCACUGCCCCACUCUCAGAGACUGCAACACCGUCAGCUCCAGAGUCCGUUGGGACCACAACAAACAAAGAAGAUCAGAUCGUUACUUUGCUGCCUGAGGAUGAGGUGGAUGAGCCAGACAAGUCCUCCAGCUCUACACCACAGGACACAGAGAAGGAGCGGGUGAAGGCUCCACAGGAGCAGCAGUACUCAGGAGUGAAGGAGAGUUGGGAGCACACUCCUGACUCCAGUUCUUGUGUUGUGUCGCUUAAAGAGUACCUCCUGCAGAGCUGCAUUCCCCUUCAGAAGAAGACAAAAAAGAAAUCUCAAGAAUCACAUUCUCAACUGAGCACUUUCCACAAAACGGAAACCUCAGUCCCAGUCAUGAUCUCAUCAUCACUGAUGCAAGUGCUCCACACCCAGACUGUGGAGACAACCUUUCCAGUGGAAGCUUCUGCUGUGGUUGUUCCAUCUCUUACUGAGAGUGAACAUGUGCUUGAAGCUGGAUCUGUGGAUCUUGCACCAAGUCUUACUUCAGCUCUGGUGACACUUACGUGCUCUGACACUCUUGCCUCUACAGCCACUCAUGUUGUGGAUUUUUUGGACCCUUCGGCUGUUGAGAGUUCUGAUUUGAAGCUUAAUGAGAAGAGCAGAGAUAAACCAGUGGAGGACAAACGCACUUCCAUUCUCACCAGUAACCUGGAUCUGACAUUCACUCCAGUUUUAACCACUAAAAGUGAUGAGAUGGAUCAAGUACAGUUGUCUGUAUCUGCAGUAGAGAAAUCUACCACUGAAAAGAACACGACUCCUAGUUUGAUGACCAGCACCAUGGAUCAGGCGACAUUUACCCCUCUGUCAACUUCCACAGAUCAGUCCUUUGUCCAACCAACCAUAAGCAAAAGUGUAACUCCUUCUGUAUCAAUAACAGCUGCCCCUCUAACAGAACCCUUAGAGGUGGUAUCAGUUGUAGCAGAACCUAAAAGUGAAGAUCUGCUCGAUGAAGCUCCCCUUGGAGGCCACAGUGUCAACACUCAAUCCGAAACCUCUACUAAUGGCCAAUCGGUGCAACCAUCGUCCUCUGACUACUACGCCGAAAUCCCCAGCUCCACCGAUGCACCGAUCCCUGGCUCCAGCCAGAAGGAGUCAGUCUUCAUGAGGCUAAACAACCGGAUCAAAGCCCUGGAGGUGAACAUGUCACUCAGUGGCCGUUACCUGGAACAGCUCAGUCAGAGGUAUCGAAAGCAGAUGGAGGAGAUGCAGAAGGCUUUCAACAAAACCAUCAUUAAACUCCAGAACACGUCAAGGAUGGCUGAAGAACAGGAUCAGAAACAGACCGAGUCUAUACAGGUGCUGCAGAGGCAGCUGGAGAACGUGACUCAGCUCGUCCUUAACCUGUCACUGCAAGUGAGCCAGCUACAGAGAGAGGUCUCUGACCGGCACAGCUACCUGCUGCUGUGUGUGGUCCUCGGCUUGCUCAUCUGCAUCGUCAUCUGUGUUAAUUACUGUCGCAUGUCGGCUGAGAAUCUCUCGACAGAACCUGACCUAUACGUACCAAACUCCUACAGCUACUGCUGCCCUGACAGAGAUUCCCCUGAUGAGGACGUGAACCCAAAGCGGAGAGCAUCUUAUCCAUUUGCACAGUCAUCCCUGCAAAUCGCAACCACUGAAGGUCCAAGUGAAGCAUAUAAUGUAGAAACUCGGAGGAAUUCAACCGGGAGUAAAAGGAAAAAGCGUUGUAAAAUGAAAUCCGGCAGAAAGCCAGAGACGAUAACUCCCACGCUACUCUCCACCCUUUCAGUCCCCAAUGGAGGAUUGCGGUGUAAUGACCACCGUCCUCACAAUCUGGACUUAAAGCUGCCUCCUCGUAGCCUCGUCCCUCCUCCCUUCUCCUUCAGAGACUCCUCGUCAGAGGGAAGCUCUGAAGACUCCUCCCAGUCAGACGAGCCUUCAUUCUGCGGUAUCGCCUCCUGCAGCCGCCUCUGUGAUCCUCUGCCUGCUGCAAAGAGCUGCUCCAAAAAGAGGAACCGCUUGAAAAAGAGGAGCACCGUACUCAAGCAGCUUCUACAGCCUGUGCAGUGUAACGGCCCGCCGGUCGCGGCUAAGUUCUCCCUGCGUGGCUUAAUCACAGGCUCCACAGAGCUGAACACGAACAGGCCAGGAGUCCCAUUGCUUCCUAAAAAGAACAGUUAUAACUGACAAUGCUAACGAUGCUGAUCUCUAUAGCCACUGCUGAUUGGUAGCUACUAGGUAAGCUACACUGUUAGCUUUAACUCCUGUGGUAAUGUGGUUAUUCUGUGGAUGUAGGAAAUAUGCCCACAAGGUUUUGGACAUUGGGACAAUCAUCGAUCAUCAUCUGCCUAGCAGACUGGAAUCAGUCAAAGUCAAAAUCACGACUAAAACAUGAUUUAAAAUGUCUGAAUACGCUGCUGUUUUUAGAGGGGAGAAUCAUUUGUACAGUUUUUAAAUUGGUAAGGCUUGCUUAUGCUUUACAUUGUUUUUUAGACUUUGAGUUAAAAAUUUUGUGUGACUCGGUCAAAUGCAGAUUAUUUGUUAAUUGCAAAAUGUUGCUAUUUUUAUAAAAAUGAAUCAGAAAUCAUGUUUUUCA